AACUGGAACGGGGCCUCAUUGAUUUCAGUCUUUUCGUCACCUCCCUGACCCUCCAUCCUUAUCCUUUUGUGGUCUAAACUUUUCCCUCAACUACACAGAUUAUCAUCUAACACCAUCAAAAUUUUCCUCUCUCCGAAGUAGUCUUUAGUCUUAAGCUACACAGUCGAUAAUGGAUUGUUGCUGUUUCAGUUACACCAACCGACCGACGUUUCCCUCCCCUACCCUUCUCAACUUUCGGGGGAAUGCAUCUUCUGUUGGUAGAAGACUUUGUAGGAAAAAAUUUCGUCCUGGGCAGCUGUCUUCCAACCAUUCUAAGCCAUUUCUUCAACAUAAUGACAGAUUUCAGCACCUCGUUUACCAGCAAUACUCUUAUUUUCAACCUGUGAGAACAUAUAAGCGGACUAUUACGGCACAAGCUGGAAACCAAGGGUGGGAUCUCGGCCGAUUUUUCAGGACAUUGUACUUUUUUAAUGGUCCUCCAUCUCCUGCUAAGUUCAUUGAAUUUGUAGUGGGAAAACUUUCCAAUCCGUCACCUAGUGAACCAGUAAAUGCAAUGGACUCUUCUGGGAUUGUGCUAGUUGCUGGAGCCACUGGUGGUGUUGGGAGAAGAGUAGUCAACAUCCUACGCAAUAAAGGGUUGCCAGUCCGAGUGUUGGUCAGAAACAAAGACAAGGCAAGAAGCAUGCUCGGUCCAGACAUCGACUUGGUUGGUAAUCUCACGAAUUUUCAGGUUGUAGGAGAUAUUACCAAGGAUAGUACUCUUGCUCCUGAGUACUUCAAAGGAGUGAAAAGGGUUAUAAAUGCUGUUUCAGUCAUUGUUGGCCCAAAGGAAGGGGAUACUCCUGACAGGGCAAAGUACAGCCAAGGGAUCAAGUUCUUUGAACCAGAGAUAAAAGGUGAUUCACCUGAAAUGGUGGAGUAUAUUGGAAUGAAAAUUUUGAUUAAUGCUGUAAAGGCAAGUGUUGGAGUUCGAAGUGGAAAACUGAUCUAUGGAUAUGAAGGUAAUUCAGUUAAAGAACUUGCUUGGGGUGCUUUAGAUGACGUCGUGAUGGGAGGAGUGAGUGAAAGUUCAUUUCAAGUUGAUCCAACUGGUGGUGAAAAUGGUGGACCAACUGGGCUUUUUAAAGGUGUCGUUUCCACUGCAAACAAUGGUGGUUUUUCUAGUAUAAGAACAAGGAAUUUCCCAGUACCUGAAGAUCUUUCCGCAUAUGAUGGUUUGGAGCUACGCCUUAAAGGUGACGGCCGGCGUUAUAAGCUUAUUGUUCGCACGAGCAGUGAUUGGGAUACUAUAGGAUAUACAUUGAGUUUUGACACAGUCGAAGGCCAGUGGCAGUCGGUGCGCUUACCUUUUUCUUCUUUGAGACCCAUAUUUAGAGCACGAACUGUAUCAGAUGCUCCGCCCUUUGACCCAAGCAACAUCCUAUCGUUGCAGCUCAUGUUUAGUAAGUUCGAAUAUGAUGGGGAGCUUAAUCCAACGUUCGUGGAAGGUGCAUUUCAGCUUCCUGUAUCAAGCAUUCGGUCAUAUAUUAAGGAUCCUAUCACCCCAAGGUUCGUUCAUGUGGGCUCUGCCGGAGUGACUCGAACUGAGAGACCUGGACUCGAUUUAAGUAAACAGCCUCCUGCUGUUCGCUUGAACAAGGAACUGGGAUUUAUUCUCACUUUCAAGUUGAAGGGUGAAGAUUUGAUACGGGAAAGUGGAAUUCCAUACACAAUUGUUAGGCCUUGUGCAUUAACUGAGGAGCCUGCAGGAGCUGAUCUCAUUUUUGACCAAGGAGACAAUAUAACGGGGAAAAUAUCAAGGGAAGAAGUUGCUCGAAUAUGUGUUGCUGCUCUUGAAAGCCCUUAUGCGUGUGACAAGACCUUUGAGGUUAAAAGUGUCGUUCCAUUUAGUGAGCCUUUCACAGUGGAUCCUGAAAACCCUCCGCCUGAGAAAGAUUAUGAUGUGUAUUUCAAGACAUUGAAAGAUGGAAUUACGGGGAAAGAAGUCCUAGAGCAAAGUCCUGUUGCCGUCUAAUUCCAGAGCAAGCAUGGUAUUUGUACUUUCAAAAUAUCAAGAGAGAUUGUUGCAGCUGUUCUCAAAUUCCAGAUCUUCAGUUGGUUAAUCUCUUGGGUGAAGGGAAAAGAGAAAACAAAACUGUCAGUCACCAUGAAUCCUAGGAAAACAUCAUAAAUUUGCAUCUUUCAUAUUCAUAUACUCGCAAUUUCAUUCUGAAGUUCGGUCCAAGUUUGUGCACUGCUUCCUUGUUGCAGAGAAAAGAGCAAAAGCAGUUAUAAAAGAUAGAGAAAAAGCCAGAGAAAUCAGAAAAUACUAGGUAUACGUGUAAGUAACUGUUUGCUUGUUCAAUCCAGAAAAUAGACUCGCACAUUGAAGUUCGAUGGUAUUUACCUUUCCUUUCCAUGAGUUCA